CCAAUGCUAUUUUUAAGACAACUAAACAAAUUAUGAAAAUAAUUUCUUAGUUAUUUUUCUUGUUAUCACAUUCUUACAUGGUACUAACACAAUAUCUUUAAAAAAGUAACAAAAUCAGUCAAAGUAAGUAAUACAGAAAUUAAAUAAUGAUUUUCCCUAAUGGUAAAGAUAAGAAACACACGUGGCGUGACUGGAUUUGGUAGAAUAUUAAACAUGAGAGGAAAGAGAGAAUAAUAAAGAGAGAAUUAAUUUUUUUUUUUUUUUUAAGAGAAGAAAAAAAACGAACGGUGGUGAUAAAAAGUCAGAGCUCUCUCAAAUCGCAGAGGCUCUCAUCUAAUCUUCUUUCUCCAGCGUCCGAUCUUCUCCCGAUCUCUCUCUCUUCAUCCUCCAAUCAUCAACCUUCACUCCCGUCCCGCCCUUUUUCAAUUUCCUCUGGUUCACAUGGCCGAGUCGCAGACCAAGAGUCCCGGAGACCACGUGAGCGGCGGAGACCAGAGCCCGAGGUCGUCGUCGCACGUGCGCGAGCAAGACAGGUUUCUCCCGAUAGCGAACAUAAGCCGUAUAAUGAAAAGAGGGCUCCCUGCUAAUGGUAAGAUCGCUAAAGACGCCAAGGAGAUUCUCCAGGAGUGUGUCUCCGAGUUCAUCAGCUUCGUCACCAGCGAAGCGAGUGAUAAGUGCCAAAGAGAGAAACGGAAGACGAUUAAUGGAGAUGAUUUGCUUUGGGCUAUGGCCACUUUAGGAUUUGAAGAAUUACAUCGAACCUCUCAAGUUGUACCUUACUAGAUAUAGAGAGAUGGAGGGUGAUUCAAAGGGAUCAGCAAGAGGCGGCGAUAUCGCGAAUGCAAAGAGAGAUGGCCAAUCAAGCCAAAACGGCCAGUUCUCGCAGCUUGCUCACCAAGGCUCUUACCCACAAGGUCCUUAUGGAAACUCUCAAGCUCAGCAUAUGAUGGUUCCAAUGCCGGGCACAGAAUAGUACGAUGGUGUUCCAAAAGGGCCGGCCGUGUCUGUAUACUAUUUUGUGCUGUAAGGAUGAGGGUAACUGUGACAAUAAUCAUCUAAAUUAUUAUGUUUUCUUUUUCCUUUUGAUUUGUUCUUAAGAAGUCAAGAGAUUCGUAUUUGUAUUUGGUUUAUUGGUUUUGUGGAUUAUAUCAUGCAAGCCUUAAUAUUGAUGCAACUUAUAGUU